UAUAACGGUUCGCGGUCCUAGGUCAAAAGCGGUGCUAUCUUACUAUCCCGUCAACUGCUACGUGCUAGCAACAGCAGCUUGCCUGAGCGCGACGGAUAAGCUGUGUCGCUAGGCAAGGAGCACUUCAAACGUAUCUUUGGACGUUGUAGAAGAAGCCGUGCUAUAGAUUGCAUUUGGGGUGCGCUGUUGGCCUUUACCGCGUGAUCGCUAGACGAACAGCUGCCGGUUGUUGUCUGAAAAGCAGUCUUAAGGAGCCAGGACUUCAAGAGGAUCUUGGCAACCAAAGCUACAAUGGACUUUGUGGCGCUGGAGGAUAUAGAUGGCGUGCGGCUAACUUGGAACAUCUGGCCUAACAGCAAACUGGAGGCAACGAAAUGCGUCAUCCCGUUCGCAUCCGUGUACACCCCUAACAAGCGCUUGCCAUCCAUGCCGGUGCUUCCCUACGAGCCGAUCCCUUGCAAGCAGUGCUCAGCCAUCCUGAACCCCUACGCACGGGUGGACUUCUACUCCAAGGUCUGGAUCUGCCCGUUCUGCCACUCGCGCAACCACUUCCCAGCGCACUACCAGGGCAUCUCGGACACCAGCAUGCCCGCCGAGCUCUACCCCAACUACUGCACCAUCGAGUACACGCUGCCCAAGUCCGUCGCGCCGCACCCGCCCGCCUACAUCUUCCUCAUCGACACCUGCGUGUCAGAGGACGAGCUGGGCGCCUGCAAGGCCGCCAUCAUGCAGGCCAUCCAGACGCUGCCCGAGUACGCCUACGUGGGCCUGGUGACCUUUGGAACCCACGUGCAUGUGUACGAGCUGGGGUUCACGGAGUGCUCCAAGUGCUACGUGUUCCGCGGCUCCAAGGAGUACACCAGCCAGCAGAUCGUGGAGCAGCUGGGCGUGCGGGGCGGAGCGGCGGGGCGGCCAGGGCAGGCGGGGGCGCCGGGGCAGGCGGGGCCGCAGCCUGGUGCGCCGCAGCGGCGCUUCCUGAUGCCGCUGAGCGAGUGCGAGUUCACGCUGACGACGGCGCUGGAGGAGCUGCAGAAGGACUCGUACCCGGUCAUCGCGACGCACCGGCCAGCGCGCUGCACGGGCACGGCCAUGCAGGUGGCGACGGCGCUGCUGGGCGCCUCGGUGCCCAUCGGCAGCUGCGCGGCGCGGGUGCUGCUGUUCGUGGGUGGGCCGUGCACGGAGGGCAGCGGCAAGGUGGUCAACCGGGAGCUCACUGAGGAGAUUCGCUCGCACAAGGACCUGGCGAAGGACGGUGCCCCGCACUACCGCAAGGCCAAGAAGUUCUACGACGGCAUCGCUGCGGAGCUGGUGGCGCAUGGGCACGCGCUGGACAUCUUUGCAUGCGCGCUGGACCAGGUGGGCGUGGCUGAGAUGAAGGACGUGGUGAUGACGACGGGCGGCCUGACGGUGCAAACCGACACCUUCCACAACAUCGUCUUCCGGGACUCCCUCAAGCGCCUGUUUUCGCGCGACGGCGAGGACGGCUUCCUGGGGCUCUCCUCUAACGCCACCUUCGAGGUCAUCCCCUCCCGAGACAUCAAGGUUGCGGGGCUGCUGGGUCCCGCGGCGCGCGUGGAGAAGAAGAGCCCCCACAUCGCCGAUGUGGAGGUGGGCCUGGGCGGCACCACCACCUGGAAGCUCUGCAGCCUGGACUCGGAGACCAGUCUGGCGGUGCUGUAUGAGAUCACGGCGACCGCCAACCGGGAAGCAGCUGACGGGCAGGCGAACUCACAGUUCUUCCUGCAGUUCAUCACGCGCUACCUGCACUGGACGGGAGAGCUGCGCUGCCGCGUGACAACUGUGACUCGCCGGUGGAUGGACGGCAGCCAGGUCGGCGAGAUCAUCACAGGUUUCGACCAGGAGGCUGCCGCGGUGCUUAUGGGCCGUCUGGCCACCCACAAGAUGGAGACGGAGGAGGACUUUGACGCCACCCGCUGGCUGGACCGCGCGCUCAUCCGGCUGGCGCAGCGAUUCGGGGACUAUCGCAAGGACGACCCGCAGUCCUUCAACCUGCGGCCCGAGCUCAGCUUCUACCCGCAGUUCAUGUUCCACCUGCGGCGCAGCCCCUUCGUGCAGGUGUUUGGCAACAGCCCGGACGAGACGGCGUACUACCGCAUGGCGCUUUUCCGAGUGGCGGUGCCGGACGCGAUGGUCAUGAUCCAGCCGCAGCUCACGGCCUACCACUUCAACGGGCCGCCCGAGCCCGUGCUGCUGGACGUGUCGUCCAUCCUGCCGGAGCGGGUUCUGCUGCUGGACGCGUACUUCUACGUCGUCGUCUUCCACGGCACCACCAUUGCGCAGUGGCGCAAGGCGGAGUACCACUUGCAGCCCGAGCACGCGGCGUUCGCGCAGGUGCUGGCGGCGCCCCAGGCCGAGGCCAAGGACAUCGUGCGGCGGCGCUUCCCGGUGCCCAAGAUCGUGGACUGCGACCACAACGGCAGCCAGGCGCGCUUCCUGCUGGUCAAGCUGAACCCCUCGUCCACCUACACCUCCGCGACGCCCAUGUCGGCGGAGGUCAUCAACACCGACGACGUCAGCCUCGCCACAUUCACGGAACACCUCAAGCGAUUGGCCGUCCAGUCGUGAUGUGCAUGCCAGGGUGCCACGUGAUUGGAUAGCCGCGUUCGGGGCGUUGUGACCAGUAGCGAUGUACGAUGAAUGCUGUGGGUGUAUCAAAGCAUAGGCAACCUUGUGGUCGGAUGUACAAAGGAUGGGCUCCCACAAGAUUUGCCAGGGAACGGGGCAAGGGAUUUGUUUUGGCGUGGCUGUGUUGCUUUACUUGGGAGGGGUAGGGAAAGUUAGGGAAAGUGGUGAGUGUAAUGGGGCGUGGUUGAUUAGCUGGGUCAGCAGGGAUGUUAGCUCAUUGCGCUUUGUGCAUGGCAUGCUAGCAGGUUAGGUUGUAGGACGAAGUUGUCCUCCCGAGGGCACGUUACUUGACGCUAGGUACUGGUCAUAACGGUGCUUAGCUGCUUGAACAAGGACUGGAAACCCAGGCACUGGAGGUUUGGCCGUGGGGUUAUGUGCCGCUGUCGCUUAGGGUCUUUUGCAGCGAUGGCGGCCUCCGCAAUGAAGAACCUGGCGGCUGUUUUGCUGUGUUUGGCAGGCUACCCUUACCUGGGAGCUACUGAUUUAAACUGGUUGGCGGGGGGUAGGGGCUUCCAGCUCGAGACUUACACGGGCUGGCGAGGGUAGGGGCUUCCCAGCUGGACCCCGACAAAUGCGUCAUGCGCGCAAUACCUUGGAAUGUAAGGUCAUUUCCUUG